CCCGCGCGCUGCCCCUGGCGCUGCUGCUGUGCGCGGCGCUGGCGCUCGGACGCGCAGUGAACCCAUGCUGCUCGAACCCAUGCCAGAACCGGGGUGUGUGCAUGACCUCAGGCGUGGACAGCUACCAGUGUGACUGCACCCGGACCGGCUUCUACGGGCAGAACUGCACCACACCCGAGCUUCUGACCUGGAUCAAGCUCUCCCUGAAGCCCACCCCCGACACGGUGCACUACAUACUCACCCACUUCAAGGCUAUGUGGGGCAUCAUCAACAGCAUCCCCUUCCUGAGAGACGCCAUCAUGAAAUACGUGUUGACGUCCAGGUCACACCUGAUCGACAGCCCGCCAACCUACAACGUGCACUAUGACUAUAAGAGCUGGGAGGCGUACUCCAACCUCUCCUACUACACCCGGGCGCUGCCUCCCGUGCCCGACGACUGCCCCACGCCACUGGGUAUGAAAGGAAAGAAAGAGCUCCCAGCUUCCCAGGAUGUGGUGGAGAAGGUGCUGCUCAGGAGGAAGUUCAUCCCCGACCCGCAGGGCACCAACAUGAUGUUUGCCUUCUUCGCCCAGCACUUCACCCACCAGUUCUUCAAGACGGACCAUAAGCGGGGGCCAGCCUUCACCAAGGGCUUGGGCCAUGGGGUGGACUUAAAUCAUGUCUACGGCGAGACUUUGGAGCGGCAACAUAAGCUGCGCCUUUUCAAGGACGGGAAGAUGAAAUACCAGAUCAUCGACGGGGAGAUGUACCCGCCCACCGUCGGGGAGACGCAGGCGGCCAUGAUCUACCCGCCCCACGUGCCGGAGCACCUGCGCUUUGCCGUGGGCCAGGAGCUGUUCGGGAUGGUGCCAGGGCUCAUGAUGUACGCCACCAUCUGGCUUCGGGAGCACAACCGGGUGUGUGACGUGCUGCGGCAGGAGCACCCCGAGUGGGGGGACGAGCAGCUCUUCCAGACCAGCCGGCUGAUACUGAUCGGAGAAACCAUCAAGAUCGUGAUCGAGGACUACGUGCAGCACCUGAGCGGCUACAACUUCAAGCUGAAGUUCGACCCGGAGCUGCUGUUCAGGCAGCAGUUCCAGUACCAGAACCGCAUCGCCUCCGAGUUCAACACCCUGUACCACUGGCACCCACUGCUGCCUGACAGCUUCCUCAUCGACGGCCAGGAGUACAGCUACCAGCAGUUCCUCUACAACAACUCCGUCCUGCUGCGGCACGGCCUCACCCGGUUCGUGGAGUCCUUCAGCAGCCAGAUCGCCGGCAGGGUGGCCGGAGGGAGGAACGUGGCCCCUGCCGUGCAGAAGGUGGCCCAGGCGUCCAUCGACCAGAGCCGGGAGAUGAGGUACCAGUCCUUCAACGAGUACCGCAAGCGCUUUAUGCUCAAGCCCUACAGGUCCUUCGAGGAGCUCACAGGGGAGAAGGAGAUGGCCUCGGAGCUGGAGGCGCUGUACGGUGACAUCGACGCCAUGGAGCUGUACCCCGCCCUCCUGGUGGAGAAGCCCCGGCCGGACGCCAUCUUCGGGGAGACCAUGGUGGAGCUGGGGGCCCCCUUCUCCCUGAAGGGCCUCAUGGGCAACCCCAUCUGCUCGCCCGAGUACUGGAAGCCGAGCACCUUCGGGGGCGAGGUGGGCUUCCGGAUCGUCAACACCGCCUCCCUCCAGUCCCUGAUCUGCCACAACGUCAAGGGCUGCCCGCUCACGGCCUUCAGCGUGCAGGACGCGGCCCCCCCCAAGGCCGUCACCAUCAACGCCAGCACCUCGCACUCGGGCCUGGACGACCUCAACCCCACGGUCCUCAUCAAGGAGCGUAGCACGGAGCUGUAGGCGCCCCGGACCCUUAUUUAUUUAUUUAUACGGCGGUUGCACGGACACAGUGAUUUUAUUUAUACGCAACCCCUGGUGUCGCUCCGGUUGAGGAGAGAGGGUCUUGGGAGCGGCGUGCUUCCAGCCCGAGAGCAGUAUUCACACAUUUCGAAUGAGCGCGGGCUGCGAGGCCGUGCCUUUUUACUUGAAUUUCCGUUGCCAGGUUGUUGACACCCAAAACAGAUGUUGGAAACUCGGAGUGCUCUGAUAUGUUCGUUGCAAGUGCCAUUUUACACUGUUUCUUCCGGUGCGUCUGGCGGAUGCUCUGAAACCACUACCUACUUCAGAUCCGUUUCUCUCCUCUUUCCGCCCUUCCGCUGGGAGGGAACCCUUGACUUGUUCCCCCCGUUGGGAGAUCUGACUUCGCUCUUCCUCGGACUCUCUUUGUUCCUAUCCGAACUUCUGAAAACAUUUGCAGGAAAAACCUCAGCUCCGGCGAACUAGACGCCAAGUCUGGGGGUUCUAGACAGGUUCUAGAGCUGUGUAGACUGGUCUUAGGUUCUAGAGCAGUUCUGGACGUGUCUAGACAGGUUCUACCAGGGGUUCUAGACAGGUUCUAGACCUGUCUAGACUGGUCUUAAACAGGUUCUAGACCAGUUCUAGAUGUGUCCAGACAGGUUCUACUGGGGGUUCUAGACAGGUUCUAGACAUGUCUAGACGGGUUCUAGACAGAACCCCCAGUUCUACUGACUCCCGAAGAGUUCCGUCAGGUCAUGCUCUCUUCCACAUCUCAUCGUCGGCCGACAUUUCUGGUACUGUAUAUUAUAUUAUCUAAUUUAUUGAGGAACGUUAUUUAUUUUUUACCAGGACAGGAUGCUACUAAGUAGGUGUAUGUCUGCAAUCACUUGUUUUUUCAUUUUCCCGAAUGUCAGAAUCAAUAUCCCUCUGGGAUUACCUCUCUGUAUUAUUACGUGAACUUUGAAGCAUUGAUUGGCUUGAGCCAACAUUGUGAACAAAAUAUCAGGAACCCAGCUUCGUUGGGUGUAUUCAGGUGUCACAUAAGAACAUGGGGUCUCACUAUCACAGAAGUGUCUUAUCUCGAGGCAGAGCUCUAUGACAGUUUUGAAGGACCUGUGGAAAGUUCAUUCCUUCAGCCAGAGCUUGGAACAUUCUGCGCAGACUGGAUUUUAAUUUUGUUAAGUGGUAAUUACAUGACACUAGUGUUUAUAAAUUAUUUUAAAAGGGCAUUUAGAAUCUCUUGGAGAAAAUGAAUUUUUUUAAAAAGAAAUAACUCAGGGGAAUUUUCCUUUUAAGACUUAGAUUUGAAAUGUUUUAUGAUUUAAAGAAUUAAUAGUAAAUAUUAAACUUAUUGAUUUUAAAAAAUGUGAUUGGUUGACAGCUACCUGCUGAUUGAACCUGGGAAUUGUAAUGUGUGUGUGUGUGAAUAUUUUGGUGCCACAGACAAAUAUAUAUUUAAAUUAAUUUAUGUAAUAUACCGUUUUUGGAAGAAAUGCAUGUUUAUUUUUAUAUUAUUUAAAAUCAAAGUAUCACUUCUAAAUAAAUUUUGAC